UACAGUCUAUUAAAAGAACUAGGGCUGCAAUAAACUGGUGUGACUGCCUCACACUGAGGGGUUUGUGAAUGGACGAGGAAGCAGGCAUCAAGCUGGUUACCUAAUCGAAGGCAGGAAAACAGCCUUUCCCAGUGGAGGAUUACUACUUACGUACACUGCAAUUUCCCCCUCCCUCUCCUGUUAAAACUUCUUUUAGAGAAUGGCUGUUCCGUCGGUGAUGGUGCUACCCAUGUUCGUGGUGGUGAUGGCUGGCAUCUAUUAUGUGUACAAUGAGGUUAUCCGGUUCAUGUCCAAGUCUGUGGUGCGGAACAAAGUCGUGGUGAUAACAGAUGCUGUGUCAGGAAUGGGAAGUGAAUGUGCCAGACUCCUCCAUAAAGGUGGCGCAAGGCUGGUCCUAUGUGGACCAAGUUGGGAUAAGCUGGAGUCUCUGUACGACUCCCUGUGCAGUGGUUCAGACCCCACUCAGACCUUCACACCCAAGCUGGUGCUGCUGGACUUCAGUGAUACGGCCGGCAUGCAGGACUCGGCUGCCGAUGUGGUGGAGUGCUAUGGCUGUGUGGACAUCAUGAUCUGCAACAGCAGCAUGAAGAUCAAAGCCCCCGUCCAGAACCUGUCCCUGGAGAUGGACAGAAACAUCAUGGACAUGAAUUACUUUGGGCCGAUCACUCUGGUAAAAGGUGUGCUGCCAUCGAUGAUCUCUAGAAGGACAGGCCACUUCCUCCUGGUGAACAGCAUUCAGGGCAGACUGUCUGUCCCUUUCCGCACCUCCUAUGCUGCCUCCAAGCAUGCCGUCCAGGCCUUCUUCGACUGCCUGCGGGCGGAGGUGGAGGAGUACGGCAUUUCCGUCAGCACCAUCAGUCACACCUACAUCAACGCCUCACAGAACGGGACUGAACCCUCCUCCUCCUCUUCCUCUUCCUCGCCCUCUCCACCCUCCUCCUCCUCCAUUCCUUCCAAGAUUUCCAAUUCCCUGCUGGCCUACCUUUACAGACAGCUGAAUCACGGCGUGACCCCACAGGACCUGGCCAAUGAGAUUGUGCGGACAGUGGACUGGAAGCGGAGGGAGGUACUGCUGGCCCACCCCAUCCCCCAGCUGGCCCUCUGCCUCCGCUGCCUCCUCCCCAGCGCCUUCUUCUCCGUGGUCGCUGCCGGAGUCAAGGAUGGACCCAUGGCCGAGCAGCUGAUGAAGUGAUGGAACGGGUUAGGAAGAAGCAAGCAAGCAACUAAAGUCAUGUUUUAGUAUUGAGUUUUGAAGCACAAGGGCUUUGGUGUGUAGAUCAGUUGAGGGAAAUAUGCAAAAAAAAAGCCAUGUAAGUGUUGUGGACAAAUCUUAAAUCUUUACAUUCUUCUAAAAGAUCUAGGCCUACAGGGUACCUUACACAACCUAAGACGUGCAUUACUUAUUUUAACAGACACUGAGCUGGACUAGACCACUUGUAGACUGAAAACUGAAAAGCAUAAUGAAAUUCAUGUGGUUUUAUACCAAAGUUUAUGUUAAUGCUGAACUUGUAGCCUAUGGGGUGGUCUGUUUGAGGACUCUGCUGUAUAGUUGAUUUGUAUCUGUGUCCUGUAGAUGGCGCCAGUUUCUUUGUUAUAGAUGACGGUAAACCUGCUGAAUCACUGUUCACAGUUCAAGAGAGAUUUAAACAGUGUAGUAAGGCUCUCAUUAAUCUGUCUGUAAUCAAAAUGUUUUUCAAAGUUAAUUGAUACUGAGCUGUUUAGUUCUUAGUGAAAAUAAACGUAUUUCUUAAGUGGCCAUCAA